UCGCUCAGCGAACGGCCAACAGUCAACAGCCAGCAGAGGAGCAGCUAGUAGCCACCAGUACUCAUCGGUUAACCAAGAAGCAGCAAGCUGAUUAAAAACCACAGCAAAACAACGCAAUUUGUGUAAACAGUAAAACUCUUGUGCCAGCCAUAUCUUACAAGCUUACAAAAGCAGCAGCAGCGGAAAGUUUCCAGCAAAGAAGCGUAAAAUCAAUCAAUUUUAAGAUGUCUGCUUCGCCCACCGCCCGUCAGGCCAUCAGCCAGGCUUUGCCCAUGAUGACCAGGAAGAUAGUCAUCUCGGAUCCCAUCCAGAUGCCCGAGGUGUACUCCUCGACGCCCGGAGGAACCCUGUACUCCACAACUCCAGGAGGCACCAAGCUGAUUUACGAGCGUGCCUUCAUGAAGAAUCUCCGCGGUUCGCCCUUGAGCCAGACGCCACCCUCGAAUGUCCCCAGCUGCCUGAUGAGGGGCACGCCCAGGACACCGUUCAGGAAGUGUGUUCCCGUGCCCACGGAGCUGGUUAAGAAGACCAAGUCCUUGAAGAUCGAGGAUCAAGAGCAGUUCCAGCUGGAGCUGUAGUCUGGCCUUGAAGAGCUUUAAAUUCCAAGCAAGCAGCAACUGCCAAAUCAUACUUAGUUCUUAGUAGUUAACCCUAGAAAACCCGAUCUUAUAAGCUUAGAAACCGUUUUUAAUUAAUUUAAAUAUUAGAUACUUAAGUUUUUGAGUUCUUAAGUUCUCAAGUCCUUA